GCAAAAAUGGGCCGUAGGAAGUCAAAGCGGAAGCCUCCACCCAAGAAGAAGAUGACUGGGACACUUGAGACCCAAUUUACUUGCCCCUUCUGUAACCAUGAGAAAUCGUGUGAUGUUAAAAUGGACAGGGCUCGAAAUACGGGUGUGAUAUCCUGUACCGUGUGUCUGGAAGAAUUUCAGACUCCUAUAACGUAUCUUUCAGAACCAGUGGACGUUUACAGUGACUGGAUAGAUGCUUGUGAGGCAGCCAAUCAAUAGCAACUGGAGAGGAACUUGCCAGGAAUUCAACAACACUUCUUAAUUUGGGAGGGUGGACGUUAUCUGUUACAUAAUGCAUUGGAAGAUCCAACAAGUGGCUGGGAAAUGUGA